CUCUCGGAUUACAACAGGGGUUUUCUUUGAGGAUUGUUAUGGGCAAAGUCAUGAUUGGUGAUUUCUUAUUUCAUUCAACAUCAAGGCUGUUAGCAAGUUCGGAUUCUCAGGGCUUGGUCGGAGGAUAUGAAUUUUGCAUGUCACUCUUUCUGGCGAGCAUGGUCGUGUUCUGGAUUACAAGCGCGCCUUCAUUUUCAGCUUCUUUAUGCGCAAGUCUCUGAACAGUGAUGUGCAUUCUGUUGGAUCAUGAGCGUUGUUUUCAAGUUCAGGGCUUCGGAGGUUUAAUC